AGCACCCUGUACCUGACUAGCCGACCAAUACCAUGCCUGCCCUGCCUGCUAUAGCGGAGUUCCUAGACUGCGGGACGGUGGGAGGACCAUCUUAGACUACGUUUCCUAGCCCGGGUCGUGCGAGCGACGUGUCUUAGCGUUCCUGGUUCGAUCCGUACUCUCGUUGUUCCUUCCUCCUCUUGCACUGAAUCUGCGCUGAAUCUAGUGCCGUCGACCCCGCCAGAUACAGCACUCGCAGACGCAAAGCAGACGUUUUUUUCGCGAUCUUCCUUUCGGGCGCUCUCGCGUCAAACUUCCUCGCUGCCGCCUGCUGCUGGCCGUUAGGGGUCGGGGGCUGGAGAACCGAUAGAGACGUUAGAAAGGAGAGAAACGGUAGAAACGACCCAGGGUAGCCGCAGGAAACCCGCAACACUCUCUCACCCGCCGCUCAUGCGCCGCAGCUGCCGCCGCGAUGAUCGACGACGCGCAGGUGCCGAUCUACCGGCCCACCUUAGCGGAAAUGGAGGCGGGAUUUGAAGCGUACGUGGAGCGGAUCGAGGAUGAGGCUUGGGAAUACGGGAUCUGCGUCAUAGAACCCCCACCGGAAUGGCGGCCCAGAUCCCGCGGGUACGAGGACGUGGAAGAGUGGACGAUUCCGAAGCCGAUUAAGCAGCACGUGUCCGGCAGCCGCGGCGUGUUUCACUCGAUCCACGUGGAGACUAAGUCCGUGACGGUUAGGGAGUUCCGCGAGGCAGCGCACGCGAAGGAGCAUCGCGGGCCGUGGGGGGAUGACGGGGACGUCUGCUGCCUGGGGAAUGCUACUAACGCUACUAACGCGGGUAGGGCUGGUAGCUCUAGUGAGGAUAGUAACGGGGAUGGGGAUGCUGGCGUUGCGCGUUGUGCCGAGAGCGGAGACGCCAGUGACGGGGAUGUGGAGCAGCGGCGCUGUAGCAGAGGCCGUGGCGACGGCGACGGUAACGAUGACGGUUUCGGUGACGGUGAAGAUGACGGUAACCGUGACGGUGACGGGGAUGGCGGGGUUAGGGUGCCUGGCGAAGGAUCUAACGGCCGUCGGCGCAGGCGGCAGGGCAGGCGGCAGUGCAGGCACGUGGGCAGACGGCUGAGCCUAGCGGACAUGGAGACGUCGAUCGAGCGAAGCUUCUGGAAGAACGUCACGCACUCGCCGCCGCUGUACGGCGCCGACGGGCUCGGGUCGUUCUUCGACGCGGACGUGCAGGGAUGGAACGUGGGCUGUCUGUCCACGCUAUUGUCGCGCACGCUGGAAUCAGCGGGCAUGCAGAUACCAGGGGUCACCACGCCGUACCUCUACUUCGGCAUGUGGCGCUCGCUCUUCGCAUGGCACACGGAGGACAUGGACCUGUACAGCGUCAACUACCUGCACUUUGGGGCGCCCAAGUUCUGGUACGUGGUGCCCCCGGCCUCCAAGGCCCGCUUUGAGCGCCUGCUGCAGGGGCUGCAGGCGUCGCGGUUCAAGCAGUGCCACGAGUUCCUGCGGCACAAGGAGACGCUGGUGACCCCACAGCUAUUGCAGCGGCACAACAUCCCGGUGCUCAGGGUGCUGCAGCAGCCGCGGCAGUUUGUCAUCAACUUCCCCGGCGUGUACCAUGCUGGUUUCAAUCUCGGAUUCAACUGUGCUGAGUCAACCAACUUUGCCACCAAGCGGUGGGUGCAAGUGGGGCUCAAGGCGCGCCCCUGCUACUGCAUCAGCGACAGCGUGUGCAUCGACAUGGGGCUCUUCGUCCCGCCCCCGCCGCUCGCCCUCCUCUGCGCCGAACAACCCCCCGCCGCACUGGACCGUCCUGAAUCUGCUGCUGCUGCUGCUGCUGCUGCUACUGGUGAUGGUACAGACUGCUAUCUUGAUGGCGAGUUUGAGUGCAAGCAGCAGCAGGUAGAGGAGUAUGAGGGGCAGGGAGCAGAGGGAGAAGGGGCAGCAGCAGGAAGAGCAGGAGCAGCAGGAACAGCAGGAGCAGCAGCAGGAAGAGCAGGAGCAGCAGGAACAGCAGGAGCAGCAGCAGGAACGGGGCUGGAUAGACUGACAGGGAAUCAACUAUCUCUGCCUGCUGCUGCCACUACUGCUGCUGCUGCCACUGCUGCUGCUUCCACUGCUGCUGGCUAUGCUAGAGGGGUAAACGGGCGAUUUAUCCGGGGAGGCAAAGGGGGCAAGGCAGGAGGGGGGAGAGGGGCGGCAGGCGGAAGGGAGGGAGCUCCUAUAGUGUACCACAGAAGACGAGUUAUUAAAGUCCUGCUGCCGCAGCGACAGGUUCGGGGGCAGGUUCGGGAGCAGGCUCGGGGACAGGCUGGGGAAAAGACUGGGAAACAAGGGGGCAAGAAGGGGGCGAAGAUAGGGAUGGAACGAAAGGCAGGGAGCAAGGCUAGCAGGAGGAAGAUAAGUGGAGGGAAGAUGAUUGGUGCUGUUGCUGCCACGGCCACUGCUGCUGCUGCUGGUGCUGGUGCAACAGCGAUGCCGGCAUUAGCAGGACUUGACACCGCAGAAGUAGACGGAGCCGCAGGAGUAGCAGAAGCAGCAGGAGUAGCAGGAGUAGCAGGAGCAGGACCAAAGAAGAAGCAAAAGAGAGCAGCAAAACAAGGAUCACAAAAAACGCAACCUUCACCAGCACCAGCACCAGCACCACCAGCAGCACUAGAAGCGCAAGCAACAGUGCAUGCACAUGCAGCAAACGAAGCACUAGACACGCCACAAGCAAGGCCAGCAGAGCAAUCACAGCAAGCACAGCCAGUGGGGCUGCGGUCGCUCCACUGCACGCGCUGCAGGCGAGCCCGCCUGGUACCCGCACGCAACCCCCCAGCGUGGCUGUUGGACAGCCUCCGGAGAAACUGGGGGGUGUAUGGCGAUCGGCAGCAGCAGGUCGGGGAGGGGAGGGAGGGGAGGGUUAGGUGGGAUGGGGAGGAGGAGGAGGAGGAGGAAAGAGGAGGGAGAGAGGAGAUGAAAGUGGAGGUUGGAAUGGUGGGGGGGAAGGAGGAAGGAAAGGGAGGGGAGGAAGUGGGGACGAGGAAGGAGGGGCUGGAGGGAAGUGGGGCGGGUGAAAGAAGGAGGAGAAGGGAGCAGGAAGGUAGGAGUGCGGUGGAGAGGUGUGCAGAGGGGUGGAGGGUGGAACGUGGAAUGGUAGGGGAUAGAGUACGGGAGAAGGUAGGGAAGGAGGGGUUGGGGGCAGGAGGGGGAGAUGUUUAUGGGAAGGGGGAGGGAGAGUGCGAGAGAAAGGGGGAAGGAAGGAAAGUGGGAGGGGGAAGGAGGGAUGGCAGAAAGAGGGCCAUAACAAAGAAAGAGAGUUGCAGUGAUAGAAAGGCGCUGGAAAGUGUGGCUCGUGCUGGUGGUGCUGCUGGUGCUGCUGGUGCUGCAGUUUGUGCAAGUGAAGCGCCAAGUGGGAUGUUCGCAGUGAAGGCUCGAUCUGUGUGCGACCAUCAAGCCAUGGUUGCUCCACCUGGCGUGUUUGGAGCAGUGCAAACCCAGCAGCAGAUACUGGCACACCCGGCGAUGGUAGGUGGUGCAGGGGCGUCCCCACCCCCCUCCUCCCACUCUGCUUUAUUGUCAGUGCUCCGCCCGUCGCGGCUGCGGGAAAAGCGGAAGCGGGAGAAGGAGGAGGAGGUGGGGAGUGCUGGGGGAAGGGAGGGAGUGGAUGUGCUAGAAGAGGGAGAGAAGCGGAAGCUGGUAGGAGAGGGGAUGGUCCGGCAGCAGCAGCAGCAGCAGCAGCAGCAGCAGCAGCAGCAGGAGGAGGAGGUAAAACGGCAGCAGCAGAAAGCUGAGAGGGGUGGAAGCAAUAGCAGAAUUGCGACUAGAGCAACAAGAGCAGCUGCAGCAGCUGCAGCCACAGCCGCAGCAGCAGAAGCAGCAGCAGCAGGAGUGAGGGGAAAUGUGGCAGUGUGCAAGACAGUCGUUGCUGCAUCGACCCCCCUCCCGGCUCUUGUGGGGGCAGUGCCCCCCCUGCUAGUUGACCCUGUUCACACUGCAGAUGACACCUCCCCAGCUUCCCACCUGGCAGAGGAAGAGCCAGAAACGGAGUUAGAGACAGACACAGAGAUGUUGGUAGAGAGUGCCACUGUCAGGUGCCUGGAUUUCACUAAAGCGCUCUCUGCACCUGCUACUGCUGCUGCUGCGCUCCCUGCCCUCUCUUCUCCCUGUGCUCGCUCUGCUCUCCCUGCCGUCUCUCCGCCUGCUGCUCUCCCUGCCCUCGCUUCUCCCCCUGCUGCUGGUGAUGGUGCAAGGGGUGGGAGAGUGAGGGUGCGUGGAAGGAGAGCAGGGAGGGGGGGUUCAGGAGGUGGUCAUUUGUGUGGUAAAUGGAGCAUGGAGGAGAGGAGCAUUGGCAGCGCUGCUGCUGCUGCUACUGCUACUGAUGCUGCUACUGCUGUUGAUGCUGCUACUGCUGGUGUUCACGGUAGUGUUGGUGCUGGUGCUGCUGCUGCUGCUGUUGCUGCUGGCAACAGUGCUGGUAACACUACUGGUUACACUGCUGGUAACACUGUUGGUGACGCUCCCGGUGACGCAGCUGCUGCUCAUGUCAUCAAAGCCGAAGUUGCCGACUCAAGAAGUAAGAAGCAUAGGGGAAACCACGGCAGGACUGAUAGCCCAAGUACAGGCGGCCACAGAGACAGUGGCAGUGGCAAUAGCAGAGGCGGCAACAGCAAUAGCAGCAGGAGCAGUGGUAGAAACAGUUGUGGCAGCAACAGCGGCAAGAGUGCCAGCAAGGGCAGCAGCAGCAGCAGCAGCGGCAGUGGUCAUGUGUGGAAGGCUGAGAGAAGCAGCGCUGGUGCAGGGGAGAGUGGUCUUCGAGUGGUGCUGAGGCGAGUAGUUGGAAAGCAGGACAAGGGGCGUGGGGGGGAGGCGCGGAGUACCAAGUCAAGCCAGGGCAGAGAGCAGGAGGGAGAGGAGGCGAAGGGAGUGGCUGGUGGGUUUAGAGCGGAACAAGCAGGAAGUCAGGGGGGUGGGGAAGAGGUGAGGGUGGAGGUUGGUGAGGAGACAGAGGGGCCGAGUGAGGGCAGGGAAGUGAGGGAGGAGGGAGUGGAGGUGAGAGAGGAGGCAGGGGAGGAGAGAGAGGAGAGAGGGGAGAUGAGAGAGGAGGUACAGGAAGGUGCAGGCGGAGCAUUGAACGACGUUGAGGUGUGCGCAGCGACUGAGAGAACAGGGGCAAAGAGCAGUAAAGCGCAGACCUCAAAGAUAUCUGAGGAAAACGUGAAAGGUGGUGAACGUGAGUGGCCAGCAGAUUCAGGCAAUCCUGCUGCUGCUGUGGCAAAUUCAAAAAAUCCUGCUGCUCCUCUUAUUGCUGACUCUGGUGCAGCUGGUGGGGUUGACAGGAGCGAGUGUGCAGAGGAUGGAUGGGAGGGCGUGCUGAAGCAUGCAGCUGAGGCUUUUCCACAGGCUCUGGCGCCUAGCCCUCUAGGAGGAACUGUGCGGGAGGGAAGGGGAGAUGGUGAUGGUGAUGAGAAGUGUGCCUUGGCUGAGCCUGUUUGGGUCAGUGAGGUCGUUGUCAUGGAUCAACAGAUGCCAUCACCACCGCCAUCACAAGCACCAUCACCAUCACCGCCAGCACCACGUGUAGUAUCACCAUCAUCAGCAUCACCACCACCACUGCCGGUCCCAUCACCACCGCUCUCAGCAGCAGCAGCAGCAGCGGCGACAGCAGCGGCGCAUGAGCCGUGGAACGGGACACAUGGGACAUGUGUGAUGGUCGAACCCACUGGCAAGGCAGCAGCACAUGCAGGUGCACCAUCAGCAAGUGUGGGUGAGGUACCGCUGGAGGAUUUUACUGGAGGAAUAGGGGAGAAUGGGCAGGAGGAGGUGGUGAGAGAGGGGGGGCAGGGCUAUGGGGCAAUGGAUGGGGGGGAGGAGGAACGGAUGGUGGAGGGGGGAGGAGACGGGGAGGAGGAUGGUGAAGAGUGCAGCAGAGGGCCCUUAGGGGAGACAGAUGGGGAGGGUGGAAGGGAUGGCAUGGAUGGGACAGAUGGCGUGGAUGGGGUUAGUUGCAUGGAUGGCAUGGAUGGGGUCAAUUGCAUGGAUGGGGCGAAUGGUAUGGAUGGGGUCAGUGGCAUGGAUGGGGUGGAUGGUGACAGGGGGGUUAAUGGCAUGGACGAGGAGCAGGGAGGAGAGCAAGGCAGGAUGGAGGAGGAUGAGGGAGAGAGGGGAGGAAGCAAAUAUAGGGACUGGUGCUUGCCUGAUGAAGCGGCAGGCCUUGCCUCCUUGCUCUCCGCAGCUGAUAUUGCUGCUGGUGCUGCGGUUGCAAUUGCGGUUGCUGCUGCUACUCCUGCUGCUGAUGAUGAUGCUUUUGUUGAUGCGCCAGUGCUGCAUGCUGCUGCUGCCUCUUCUGCUGCUGCAGCAGCUGCAUCUGGUCCUGCUGGUGCUGUCACGGCACCAGCACCUAGAGGGUGACCUAGAACCAACAUGCAGCUAAGGGAGAGUGCACGGAGGAGGGGGGAAGCAGAGAGAUGUUAUACAGGAGGGGGCUGGGAUGGGGAAGCAGGGACGAGCUUAGAUGGGAGCAGUGUGGGAAGUAGUGAGUGAUCAGUCAUCAGUCGAUAUGGGAAGGGCUAGCAUGCCGGUUCCACCGCGCCUGCAGUUACCAUUUUUUGGUUACCUGGAGCAUUAUCUUGGAGGGGUGUGUGUGUGCAGUUGGAAAGAAUGGAAAGCGGCUCCGUGCUGUGUGUAUGUGGGGGGUGAGGGCAGCUGUCACCAGAUGACUUAUUGGUGGUGUGUGUGGAUUGUGGAGUGUUUGUGGGAGUGUGUUACCCUAACUUUUCUGAUGCAUCUCGUGCAGUGCCUACAGGCUUGUUACCCUCUCCCUGAUUGGGUGCAGUUUGAUGAAUGCAGUGAGCAUGGCACAGGCUACUGCCAUGUGAAUGAAUGAUUUCCUCACAGCUGUUCUCUCUCCAUUUUGAUGUGACAAUGGUUUGUUCCAUAAAAUGCUGGAUCUUUACGCUUUGCUUAUAUAUCAGGAUGUUUUAUCCUGAAUUCCUGAUUUUCAGGAUGAGUAUGAGGUGCCAGACCUGAAAAAUCCGGUUAAAUGAAUUUCUGACCCUGUAAAUUCAGAAUGAAUAUCAUAUGACAACCCUGACA